GUUCUGGAGUUUUAUACAAUAUCUUCCAUUAGUAUAAAAAUUGUCCAUGUAUUUGCAAAUUAAUAUAAAUGCAUGCAAAGACUAUUGAAAUACCAAGUGUUUUGUAACUGGUUCACUUUUCAGCAGCAUCAUUCAUCAAAUGUCUGCCUGCGUUGCUGGCAAAACUGUAGCAGGGUUAUAAAUACCUACCAUUAAUGCAAUGAGGCGCACGAAAACACAAGGUUUCAAAUUUCCUGGAUCUGGUCAUCCACAUUGUCCGUUUCCUCCUUGUAAUGUUUGAGUCACUCUCAAAUGUAUUUGAGGAAGAAACCGUUUUGGGGCUCAUUCUUAUUUUUGGAAGGUGAUAUUGAAAAUAGGUGGAAUGUAGUUUUGCAUGUGGGUUUUGGCUCUCUCUUGGGGUGGGGGGGUUGAUUUAAAAAAAAGUAUACAGCGUCACAGUGAUUUUCAGUCAGUAGGUGGCACUGUGGUACAAAUGAGAUUUUAGUGUGUGUGUUGGGGGGGGUGUUUAAGAUGAUCUGAAACAUGGUUUUGUUCAUUUUUUAGAUGGUACAGAAGUACACAGUUAGAAUUAGACAUUGCAGAUCAACGACUUUGGAUAAUUCACAAGAGGGGGUGGGUUUUACACUGUGGCGAAUCAAGCUUGUUGUAAAACCUGGAAUGGGUGAAACUGCUAUGCAAUAGGAGUCUUAUUUCCAUUGUUAUAGGCCCAUUAUUAAGCUAGCUAUGAUCUUAAGAUACACUCCUAAAAAACAAAAAUGUGUGUUUUAUAAGGGAAGCUAAAAUUAUUUUUGCAUACAGAAAACCAGUUAUGCUUUCAUUCACCUCUUCAAAUAACGAAAGUAGGUAUCAACUUGUUGGUCAUCUCUGUUGCCUCCAGAGAGAGAGAGAGAGAGUCCAAUAUAGCAACUGUGGGAUUGGAUUUGAAAAUUAGUGUUACUCUGUUUAUCGAACUACCAGAAAGUUGUGCGUACAUUUGUUUCAUUUUUGUUCCAAAGUUGUUGAAGUUCUUUUCACAAAGCAAAACAACCUGCGUGCAUUAGUGUAUUUUCUGUGUAUUUUCAUCCCUUCCUGAGUCAGCAUUUUACAGGAAUCUGCCCGUAUUCGUGUGUGAUCUACAUUUUUGUAUAUGUGUGAACUGUGGGGAUUUUAAUAAAAAAAAAAAAAAAAAAAUGGGUAACAAUUGCUGCAUCUUUAUUUUUAAAUGUGUGCUUUUAAAAAAUGCUCCAACUUCUGUUUUUAAUGUCUAGCUCCUGGACUGAAUGCACCUUGACAAAUAACACACAAAAAAUAAUUCUAUACAAUGCAAAUGUAUUUUAUACAGCGCCUUCCCUUCACGCCACGGCACCCCAGAGCGCUGUACAAAGUUAGUUACAAAACAAGAGGGCUCCCGAGUGGCGCAUCCAGUAAAGGCGCUCUGCGUGGAGUGCAGGAUGCGCCCUGCAGCCUGGAGAUCGCAGGUUCGAAUUCAUGUCACAGCCGGCCGUGACCGUGACCGUGGGUUCCUAGGGGGCGGCGCCCGGGUAGGGAAGGCUUAGGUAGGCAGGGCAAUCCACGGUUCUACAAACUAGGGGCAUACAAAGCAAAAAGAUCUGGGUGCAGUUGAUUCAAGACGAUUUUUAUGAACAACAGGAGUAGGCCUGCAGUGUUAAAUUUCUAAGUGAAUUUGGUAAGUAAUUCUCCAGGCAUAGAGAUGGACACAGACGUCCCCAGAAUGUGAUAUUCUCAGCGACUUUUGCUAAAUAAUGUGAACAUCAAGUUCCAUGACCAUUGGAUAAAUAGUUAUCCAGGGAUAUACAAAAAAGUGUGAUAUGGGAUGCCACAGGAGCAGUGGCUGCAAACUAAGACUCACAUCCUGGUGUCACUGAAGCUAGUCCGCACAAUGAAAGCUGGCUGUGGUACCUCUGAACAGACUGCCUCCAAAGAAACCAGAGCGACCCAAGAAGACGGCACCAGAAACUUUACACCAAUCAAAACGCCUGCUGCGAUCCCGCCCUCCAAACUGGCCAAUCCCGUCAGGGUGUCUCGGGCCCACCAGGACCUGCACAAGGAGCUGCUCCUUGCGCACAAGAAAGGGCUGUGUGUGACGAGCAAGUCGGAGCUGCAGCUGGUGUUGGAGAGGAGAAAGAAGGAGCAGACCCAGAGAGAGGAGGGGGAGCUGGGCAGGAGCCCCCUGGAGAAGGAGAUGCUGAAGAGGCAACAGAGACACCAGCAGCAUUCCCCCACACAGCUGCUCAGGAGAGCUGAAGGUUCAGCGAGUGUCCUCCGAUCCCACGGCCGAGCCAGCUUCCUCUUCCACACCCAGGAACUCGAGAGCGGAUGUCAGCGAGCUACCGCCCCCUGGAGGACAAGCCCUGCAGGUUUCUGCUCCGAGCUUGGUGGCUGGCCAGUAGAGUCUGCUGCAGUGUGAUGAGGAGAAAGUCUCUCCUGGUUUUGCCUCCCAAACCCUAUGUGCUCCCAUGACUGUAUGACUCACCCUGCACACCGUGCGGCCGUGUCUUUAGUGUCUUUACCAGGUGAGCCACUCUGGAACCCCCACAAACCUUUAUUUAACAAAUAAUCAUUUUCCCCCAGAUCAACCCUCUUAAAGGGUACAUAAGGACCUGUUUGUUUUAUUGUGUUACGUGUUCCCAUGUGUUGCUACAACUGUUUGCGUGAGGUGUGUGUAUUGUUUUGUUUAUUUUAUUUUCUUUACAUUUUGACCACUUUUUUCAAACUUUUAAAUUGCAUUCCCUGCCUCAAGAUGGCUUCACAUGUACCCGCAUGGACCUCUCAGAACUACAUUUCCCAUCAUCCUCCCACUCACAUUUGUAACCAAGAUGGAUUUACCAGUGAGCAGGAGGAUGAUGGGAAAUGUAGUUCUGAGAUGUCCAUGCUGCUCGGAGCCAGACGAGCUCAGGUGAGCCAAAUAGCCUGUCUAUGUAAAUGUUAUAUUAAGUCAUGUAGCUUAUCUGAUGUAUAUGCAAUUUGUGAUUUUGAAUUAAAAAAUAAUGAAAA